UUCUUUCACGCCUGCUUUUACCGGCGACGAGUUUGGUUGUGAAGUCGUGCUUUCGGUAUCGCAUUUUUGGCCAGAAUCUUUUAUUGCUAAGGCUCAAAACAACCAGACUACAUUACCGAAUCAUGUCUCGUUAUGACAGAGGUCGUUCUUUUGAUCCAGGUAGCCGUUCAGAACGAAAAAGCUUUGGAGGUGGUGGUCGUGGUGGAGGAGGCAACAGUCGUGGUGGAGGAGGUGGCCGUGGUGGUUUUGGAGGAGGGUCUUUUGGUUCUUCUUUUAGGGGUGGAGGGGGUGGAGGAUUUGGUGGUAAAAAAGACAAGUUAAAUAACAGCCCUGGACAAUUGCUAAGAAAGCCAAAGUGGGAUCUUGAUGCACUGCCAAAAUUCAAGAAGGAUUUGUACAGGGAACAUCCAAAUGUCCAGAACAGGUCGAUGCAAGAAGUUGAUGACUACAGAAGACGUUCUGAACUUACUGUUCUAGGGAGGAAUGUACCAAAGCCAGUGAUAGCUUUUGAGGAAGCAAAUUAUCCAAAUUAUGUUAUGGAUACAAUAAGAAAAGAAGGUUUCCAAGAACCAACAGUUAUUCAAGCACAGGGCUGGCCAGUAGCACUCAGUGGUAGAGACCUUGUUGGAAUUGCACAGACAGGAUCAGGAAAAACUAUAUCUUUCAUUUUACCUGCAAUUGUACAUAUCAAUAACCAACCUCUUCUUCAACCUGGGGAUGGUCCUGUGGCUCUUGUCCUUUGUCCAACAAGAGAAUUGGCACAGCAAGUUCAGAGUGUCGCAUUCCAAUAUGGACGAAACUCUAAAGUCAGAAGUGUGUGCAUUUAUGGAGGUGCACCAAAGGGGCCUCAAAUUCGUGAACUUGAAAGAGGUGUGGAGAUAUGUAUAGCUACACCAGGGAGACUGAUUGACAUGUUGGAGGCUCGCAAAACAAACCUGCGGCGGUGCACUUUCUUGGUGCUUGAUGAAGCAGACAGGAUGCUUGAUAUGGGAUUUGAACCACAGAUUAGGACAAUUAUUGAACAGAUUCGCCCAGACCGACAGACACUUAUGUGGAGUGCUACAUGGCCAAAGGAAGUACAGGGUCUGGCAAGUGACUUCUUACGGGACUAUGUGCACAUCACAGUUGGAACACUAGGGCUCACUGCAAACCACAAAAUCUUACAGAUUGUGGAUGUGUGUGAUGAAACUGAAAAAGACUACAAGCUUAUCAAGCUUCUGGAAGAGAUAAUGGGAGAGUCUGAAAACAAGUCCCUCAUUUUUACGGAGACUAAAAGACGAGCAGAUGAGCUAACCAGAAGGAUGCGAAGAGAUGGAUGGCCUGCUAUGUGUAUUCAUGGAGACAAAUCUCAGCCUGAAAGGGAUUGGGUCUUGAAUGAAUUCAGGAAGGGUAAUGCUCCCAUCCUAGUUGCUACGGAUGUUGCUUCCCGAGGAUUAGAUAUCUCCGACAUAAAAUUUGUGAUCAACUUUGACUUUCCAAGUUGUUCAGAAGAUUAUGUGCAUCGUAUUGGGAGAACAGCACGUUCAGAUCGCACAGGAACGUCCUAUACUUUUUUCACGACCGGCAACGCGAAGCAGGCUAAGGACUUGAUUUCCGUGCUUAAGGAGGCCAACCAGCAUGUCAACCCCAAGCUCAUUCAGCUGGCUGAACAAGCCAGGGGCAUGUUUGGCAAAGGUCGAAGCCGCUUUCGUGACAAAUCUGCCCAGGGGAACAGUGGUGGUCAUUUUAACAGGAACAGCUAUGGUGAUUCACGUAGUGAUUCCAGAAGUGGUGGUGGAAACCGCUUGGCAGGACAUUCAAGUUUCUCAGGUGGAGGACGAGGUGGUUCUGGGAGAGGUGGUCAUAUGUCAAGUGCUAACAAGUCGUUUAACUCCAACAGGACACAAGAUUCCCGUGGCGGAGGAAGGAAUCAGUCGCAACAGAAUGGCUCAUGGAACAUGAUGGGAGGGGGAUACAGCAACUCUUACAGCAGCAACUCGUAUUCACAACAGGCGCCGCCUCCACCACCUCCUGGUCCGCCUCCUUCCCAGCCGAACCCACCCCAGCCUCUUAUGCAGCAACAGCAACAGCAGCAGUACACCCAGGCUGCUGCUGCCACCUACCCACAAGCCUCUUACCAAGCUUAUCAGCAACAGGCUACCAAUGCUGUGCAAGGCCAAGUGCAACAAACUGCGGCAUGGUCAUAUCCUCAACAGAGAUGAGAGUUACAAUCUGUCGGGCAUUCU